AUGAUUAGUGAUGCAGAUUGCAUCAUCACAAAUGUAGAGGCCAAAUGGCCAGGCUCUGUGCAUGACUCCAGAAUCUUUAGAGCCUCAUCUCUCUACCAGCAACUAGCAAGAGGAGAAUUCUCAGGAGUUUUGCUGGGAGACAAGGGAUACCCAUGCCUGCCUUACCUCUUGACUCCCUAUCAGGAGCCCCAGACAGAGGCACAGCACCGCUACAACAUUGCCCAUGCACGCACAAGAGGUCGUAUAGAGAUGGCAUUUGUGCUGAUAAAGUCAAGGUUUCAGUGCCUGAAGCACCUCAGAGUGACUCCACCUAGGGCAUGUGACAUUGUAGUUGCUUGUGUAGUGCUCCAUAACAUUGCUUGUCUGAGGAGAGAGAGGCAACCAAGGAUUGUUGAAGAGGAAGACUGGGGCAAUGAAGCAGUAUUGGAAGAAAACGAAACAGGCAGACUUAUACGAGACACGUAUGCAAAUAAUUAUUUUGCUUAAUAUGGUUUAAACCAUGUGUAGCCUUUAAAAUUGUCCAC